AUGCCCUGUUCAAGCGCCUUCUUCCUGGUCAAAGCAGCAGCUUUCGCUCUGCUCAUUGUCGGGAGCUGUUAUAACGCAAGAGCUCGCCGUCUUAUCACGGGGCUGCCAAGUCGCCAGCAAGCUGCCACACCAUUGCAGAUCGAGAAUCAGCCUCCUAACUUUGCACCCCUUAUUAGACUUCGGCGUAGGUCGCCGCCGCUUCCCGGAGGAAUUGGUGGUGUAGCUGAUGCUGUGCAGGGCGUCGAUCAUGCGAUCUCUACUCAUCGCGUCGAGCUACACGCACCCGAGCAACGAGCAUUGGGCUUAGGGAGCUCUCCAAAGACAGGCUCCCGUUCUGCCGAAUUGAGCGCACCCGAAAAGACGAAAGCCACGCGAAGACGAAAGUCUCUAAACACGCCAGCACCUGCUACUGCCGCGAAGAAGGCCAAUUCUGAAUCAACAGAGGGCUUCGGAAAGCACACGAAGCAGGUGGAUGCCAUGUUGGCUUUAGCAAUCCCUCCGUUACGCCGACCGAGUGCAAAGGUGGUAGCUGAAGGCGCCAAGCAACCUCAUCCAUCUGUCCUCUCUACAAUCCCGGGCAGGAAGAAUAUCUUUGGCAACUACAUGGAGGGCAUGUGGCGCAAAGAGGCGGGGGAAGGCCCACGAAUCCCGGAACACAAACUACUGCCGGCGUCUGACCUUCAAGCAUCGCCAUCGCGUCCGAUACACAGCGUAGAGCUCAAAUUGCCUAUGGAGAGAACCAAGAACAAGCCUCCUGGGUUGGUACACAUGCCACCACAGAAAAGCGUCCAGGCGGCGGUCGAUCAUUAUGCCGCUCGCUUUCAUCCUACUAUGAAGAGGUUUUCUGUUUUGCGCGCCUUUGGCCGUAGUGACCAUGAACCGAUCUUGCACAUGACCGGGACUGCUCAAGACGAUGCGGGUCGAAAGAUCCCCGGUGGCGGAUUGACUAGCCUUGGCAAAUGGUAUGCGCAUCACAAAAUCUAUAUGAUGCCGGGCACGACGCACUCUAGGGGUCACUUCGGCAUGCUAAAUGCCGAAACGCCACCGCCGGGUACCAAGAUCAUGACUUCGAUCGGCGAUGACAACAGUUCCCUGAAGCCCUCGCGCAAAAUCAACGGUAUGCCUUGGAAACACAAUACGUUGUUCGGUUUGAAAAGAGCGGACAUCAUCGAUCCGGAGAAAGUGGCCGAACGCAGACAAGCCUAUGAGGCUAGUAGGCGGACGGAGCAACAUAGGAGUGAGAGAAACGCUAAGCGCAGAGCGCGCGUUGCGGAACGGAAUCCUGUCCGACAGCCUUAUCAUUGGAGCAAGUACGGGGAAGAAGGCGGGAGGACAAGUUCUGAUGGUUCCCCAAGCCACUCCGAAUUUUCUCUCUCCAGCUCAAGUUCGCUUCAGUCGGCGGACAAGGAGAAAGAGGGCGUCAGCCGUUCGCCCAUCUCUAAUCCGGCAUCUGUCGAGGAUGGAACAGCAGCAGAGGUAGAGCACGGCAGCCACUCAAGCACCCAAGCAGCUCGGACGAGCGCGCGAGGAGUGGGUCAUACUUCGUCAGCUUCGGCACCGGAUUCACCAUCCGUUUCUACGAACUCAAUUGCAGAGGCAAGUCAUGGUCAACUGUCGACUCAUGAAGGGCCUCGGACCAGUCAAGGCAAAGCGUCAAGUCACGACUCCUCCAGGACGACACAGGCGCUCGCGGGCAGUGCCGGUGACGCCGCAACAUCAUCGCAGCACAGGCGACCAUUGAGCCCUGCAAAUUCGCAAGCCUAUCAGAGGCACAUCUCAAUACCACCUUCGCCGUCGAACACAGACGAUGAUGUAUUUGCUUCGCUAAGUCCCAUCGAGCACCUCGAUCAUUCCUAA